GUCGCCAGAAGCCUGAUCUCGCGGAGGGGAGGAGGAAGAGGAGGUACGCGAUCGAUCGAACGGGAGGAAUCCAAAGAACAAGCGAGAUUCGAGGAAUAGGGAAGGAAAAGAGAGAAGAACUGAGAAGAAAGAGGUGACAAAGAAAAAGGGCGGUGCGGGAGGGAAGAGAAGGCUUGGCAUCUAAUUCUGUUGUCGGGAUUCCUCCCCUGCUUUGGAACUCCAAAGAUCCGUUGCUGCCGAUCUCCGCGCUUGGUGAAAAGGGCGGUCUUUUCUGCCCCUUGCCAUUGGAGAGGGCGGAAAAGAGUAUCGGUGCGGCAAAAGGAGUAAAAGGUUCGAAUGGUAGAUUUCCGUUGUCUGUGCCCCUCGAGGAGUAGGAGGAGCCGCUGGAAUGUGACGGAGGAAGAGUUCUUUUGCAGGAGAGGCUGCUACUGAUGCGUCUAUCCGGUAUUAGAAAUCGGUUUAAAUUGUUGGCAAUCAAGACAUGAAUCUACCCGGUUGUGUGACCUGGAGUAGUUUUGGAGAGUGCGUGACAAAUUGGCGACUUCAGUGGAUGGCGUCUGAUUCUAACAAUGGUCUUCACCAAGACAGCAUGAACCCUUUGUUUCAUCAUCCUCGCAUGGUCUCUUUUCAGUUAGGUGCGAUGAAUAGCUCAACGGGGAUGAUUUCUAGUGACCUGUGCAGCUUGAAUGAAAAUGGCAGCAUAGCCAGCAUGUUUAUGUCUGCUGACUCCAGCAUGAUCAAUCAUAUGGAUGCAACAACUCUAGCUCGGUACCCUGCAGGAUCUGUUGUUGGUGAACCAAUGCCGAGGUUCGUGCAUGUGUCAGGGUCACCUGCAUAUUGGUCUCCAGAAGAAGUGGAAUUAUUAAACAUAGGCCUCAUCAAAUAUGCGAAUGAACCAAGUAUACAAAAGUUCACUAAAAUAGCUGCUUUGCUGCCUCGGAAGACUAUAAGAGAUGUUGCAUUGAGGUGUCAGUGGAUGAUUAACAAGGAAAAUGGCAAACGGCGGAAGCUGGAAGAAAAUUAUGCAGCAAAAAAGGUGAAAGAUAUGAAGGAGAAGAUGAUGGGUGCUCCAUCAGCAGCAACUAUUCAUAGGUCUCCUAUUUCACUUACGAUGAAUCAUAUGAACAUCCAUGAUCAGCUUCCAUCUGAAGAAAUAUUACGUCUUUUGGAUGAAAAUGAUGGAUGCCUAAGAGAGAUUGCAAGGAAUCUUAAUGGAGGCAUGAUACAAGAGAACAUCAAUUUAUUUCAUUACACGAAAAAUAACAUCAUGAUGAUUGAGAAUAGAAUAAAUAUGAAGGCUGCAGCAAUGAAGCAACUUCCUGGACGAAUGAGACAGUUGCCUCCUUUACCAGUAUCAGUAAACGAUGAACUCCUCAGUGGUCUUAUACCACUAAUUGGAAAUAUUCACCAGAUGUAACAAGAGGAUGAUUUCAUGAGCUUGGGAAUGUUAUUAGCUCUGGCCUUAUUAAAUUCGUGGACCAGAGGGAAGUUCUGACAUUCGAGCUAGAGAUAUUUGUACUGAAUCAGGCAUCAGGCAACAAAACCCUUUUUUCUCCAUGGCUAUGAUGGUAGCUCGACUCCGUUCGGCUUCUGAUUCGAGUUUCUUAUGUGUUUGUAGCAUUAAGUGCAAGGUAUCAUUGGAUGUAAGAAAACAAGCGCUGCUUACAUAUUAUCAAUUUGAGUCUUUGCAUAUUAUCAACUUAUUUACCUUUUUUUAAUGUUCUUCCAUGAAUGUUAAUUCUUUUGGCACUGGAAAUAUUAUUUUUGUGGUUGUCUGUUAUUCUCAGAUAUUAUUUAUGUUAUCAAGAUUUAAGACAACGGAGAUUUUGCUCA